UGCCCGGGUUGGUUCUCUGCGAUCCAAACAGUCGAGUCUUUCACCGUCAUCUAACCUACCUCUGCCUCUCAUCCAUCGUCGCUUCUGCUUCUCUAAUCUCUCCUCUCGCCUUGUCUAGAGAAAGGAGAACAACCGACAGUCAGGUUUUUCUCGACCGCGUCUACUCGCUCCCUCCAACAGUCACUUCGACGAAUCCCAACAGGAGAAGUCGAGCAUAGCUUGGCUUUAUCUCUACUUUUUCAUCUAUUCUACAGCUCGAUAAAAUGGAUCACUCCAGAGAUCCCUGUCCCUGGGUUGCGCUCAGCGACUUUGGAGGCGCUUUCUGCAUGGGUGCCAUCGGUGGUGCAGUCUGGCACGGUGUCAAGGGAUUCAGAAACAGCCCCUACGGCGAGCGACGGAUAGGCGCCCUCACAGCGAUCAAGGCCCGCGCACCGGUGCUGGGCGGUAACUUCGGUGUUUGGGGUGGUAUGUUCUCGACGUUCGACUGUGCGAUCAAGGGGAUCCGGAAGAAGGAGGACCCAUACAAUGCUAUCAUUGCCGGUUUCUUCACGGGUGGUGCUCUGGCUAUUCGUGGCGGUUACAAGGCUGCCCGGAACUCGGCUAUCAUGUGUGCUGUCUUCCUGGGUGUCAUCGAGGGUGUCGGUAUUGGGUUCCAGCGGAUGAUGGCCGACAACACGAAAUUAGAGCUUCCCCCGCCUCCCCCGUCAGAGGGCAAAGCAGUUAUGUAAAAACAGAAAGAAAGAGAAAAAAAACGCAACCCUCCACUUCACUUCUCGUCCGUCAGCCUUGCAUCGCUUCAUAUAUCAUCUCGAAUAUCUCUUCUCAGGUGUUGGGUCCGGUCCAUUCAUCAUCGAAGACAUGGCAUAGAGUUCCUUGUUUCUUCAGUUCCAGUUCCUGCUC